AUGGCAGGAUAUCGGACACUCCCAGUGCUUCUCUGCGGUCGGCUCGAGAGAGUUGGUUCGCUCGUCAUAGAGGAACUGAAACCUGAAUACGAAGUUAUUCAUUUUAUAACAAGUGUCGAAGACGGCACAAUCAACCUUCCUCUUAUCCUAUCUGGAAAUUUGCCAAAAUGGGAAGGAAGUGGCUUAGGCUCCAAGAUCUAUUCUCGGGCACCUAAGGCGGUCAUUCUAGGUGGUGGAUAUGAUGACGAAGCCAUCGAGAAACUUCGUCAGGCGGUUGCCAUUUCCCAAGGGACAAUACAAGUGCCUUGGUUAAAGGCAGAUCCGAAGAAGACCGAAGCAGGCCCUACACCAGGUACGGAGGCGUACUGCCGAUCCGCGGCGGCACGUAUAAAAGAGACACUUGAAAUCUUGGAGAAGACAGGGAGACUGGAUGGGACUGAGGAUGGAAUUUUCUUUUGGUGA